GACUUGAUAAAGAGACCAACAUUCAACUACUUAGAACAGAGCUGGAAGAACAAAAGGAAGACGGAGUUGAUAAAGAAUCGAAAAUUCGCUACCUAACAACGGAGGUGGACCGUCUGGAAAAAUUAGUAGGUGAACUUAAUAAAAAAUUUUAUAAUCAAUCUCUCAGAACGGAGCAGAAAUCACAGGGAAAGCUUAUCGAGGAACGUGUCCAGGAGUCGAGUGAACGCAAUUUGGAGCCCGUCCCUCUGAAUUGUACCGAUGCCAAGUCUAGUGGGAUCAAUGAAAUACUCAUCCCCAAGUUUAGCAGUCAACCUUUUAAAGUGGCCUGCGAUGCAGAAACUCAAGGGGGAGGUUGGACAAUUAUCCUGAGGAGGAUGGAUGGAACUGUCGACUUCUAUCGAAACUGGACCGAAUACAAAGAGGGAUUUGGAGAUCUAAAUGGCGAGUUCUUCUUGGGACUCGAUAAAAUACACGCAUUGACGGAAGAAGGGAACCAGGAAUUACUUGUUGUCUUAGAGGACAACGAGGGAACGGAAGCUUUUGAGAUGUAUGACAAGUUUGCAAUCGGCGACGAGGAUCAACAAUAUAUUCUACACACCCUGGGAAAUGCGACUGGAGAUGCGGGUGAUUCACUCUCUUAUCAUCGUGGCAUGAAAUUUACCACCAAAGAUCGAGAUAAUGAUAAUUUCGAAGACAGAAACUGCGCCGUAGACUACACUGGCGCCUGGUGGUACAAUGGGUGUCACCUAAGCAACUUGGCAGGGAAGUACAAUGAUAACAUCUGGCCCAAGGGUAUCCAUUGGUAUAAUUUUAAGGGUAAAAAGAUCUCCCUCAAAAAAGCAGUCAUGAUGAUUCGCCCAACGAAGUAAAUUGUAAGACUCUACAAUGUUUGAAAUCUGCUCCAUCUGCUCAAAUGUAUAUUGCGAAAAUAUUCUAUUAAACAUGUUUGUAGAUUGUUUAAUUAUUUAUUUGGUUUUAAGUAUUUAUUUCAUGUAUGAUGAUUAAAUGAAUCGACUGCGAAGAUA